AUGAUUGACAGGAAUCAUGAAAUAUUUUACCGGAAAACGGAUCCGCCACGGAAUAAUUUUGCCAAAGGGAAUGUUCUGUUGAUUCACGGGCAAUCAUAUUCGUCAUCUACGUGGUUGGAACAUUCGACGAUGCAGGUUUUGGCUGCUGCCGGUUAUCGAUGUAUUGCCAUAGAUUUACCGGGAUGUGGAAAAACUGGAGGACCAGCAGUUUCGGACGGUAAUAAGGCGGAAAUUCUUUCGUUGGUUAUCCGGCGUCUUGAACUUGAUUCGGUAAUGAUUGUCGGUCACAGUAUGGCUGGUCAGUACAUUGUUCCACUGUUUGGGUCUAAACAGAUUUUAUGUGUUGUUGCUGUAGCGUUGUCUAAUACGAAUACAUUACCUGAAAAUGCUUCACAGUUUAAAACACCUAUACUGGUUCUGUGGGGAGAUCGAGACACCAGUUUAGGUCCAAAUGCUGCAGCUAAUCUUCAGCGAUUACCUAAUGCAAAGUUGUUAAAGAUUCCAAACGGUGGUCAUGCUUGCCAUUUGACAAGUCCAGAAUACUUCCAAACAGCGUGCAUCAACUUUUUUGACUUAGUUCGACAGUACUGUGUUCAACCCUCAUAG